UUGCUCUUCUCUGAUGUCUCUCAUUCCCCUCUCGCCUUUGAUAUGCGCCGUGCUGGCUGCGGUCCUCUUCAAGCUCUGGCGCGUCUGCCGCGCCCUCCAGCGCAACUCGCUGCGCCACCUCCCGGGCCCGGAGAGCCCGAGUCGGUUCGGCGGCUUCGCCUGGCAGUUCUGGUCGACCGACCCGACGGAGAUGCAUGAGGAGUGGGUCCGCUCGUACGGCCGCACCAUCUCCUACCGGAUCCUGUCCGACAUCUGUCUGUUCACGAUGGACACCAAGGCGCUCGCGCACAUCCUCACGCACGACGCGGUUUUCCAGAAGCCAUACAAAGUGCGGACAUACAUUGCCGAGCUGGUCGGACUAGGCACGCUGCUGACUGAGGGUGAGCAGCACCGGAGACAACGCAAAGUAGUGAAUCCGGCAUUCGGCCCCAUGCAAAUCCGGGAAUUCACGGACCUCUUUCUCCAGAAAGCGUGUCAGCUCCGCGACAUCCUGUCCCUCGAAGUGGCUAUCCAUGGCAGCGUCGCCCAGGUAGACCUUUAUUCGUGGCUGCAUAGGAUGUCGCUCGACAUCAUUUGCGAAGCAGCCUUCAGCUACGACAUCGGCACCCUGAAUGUAGAAGCACGGUCCAACGAGCUUUGCGAUGCCUUCCGGCUUGUUGCACAAUCCGUGACCCGCAUGUCGCUAUGGCCUAUGCUUCGCUUCUUCUUUCCCAUCUUGCGGAUAUUCCCUGAGGAACAGUCGCGCCGCUUCGCCAAGGCUCGGAAGGUCAUGGGCGAAUUCGCGAGCAUACGCAUCGACGAGAAGAAGCGCGAGAUGGAGGACAACAAGAUUGGCAAACAAGUCCGCCGCAGGAGAGGCGACUUCCUCACGCUCCUCGUCGAGGCGAACAUGGGCUCCAGCUUGCCCGAGGGGCAACGCUUAUCCGAUGAGACGAUAAUUGAUGAAUGCAGAACCGCCCUCGUCGCCGGCCACGACACAACAGCGAUCACGCUCGCCUGGUUCCUUUACAAUGUAGCACUGUAUCCUAAUAUCCAGGAGAAGCUCCGAGACGAGCUCCUCUCUAUUCCGACCGACCACCCCACCAUGGAGGAGCUCUCGUCACUCCACUAUCUCGACUGCGUUCUACGCGAAGUCGUCCGACUAUUCCCCGUUCUCCCGUCAUCACUGCGGGUAGCGACGGAGGACACAACAUUGCCUCUCAGCGAGCCAGUGAACAUCAACGGCCAGGCGCAGGACCGGAUAUGGAUCGAGAAGGGCACACCAAUAGUGAUCUCGAUUCUUGCCAUCAACCGGGACAAGUCGCUGUGGGGCGAGGACUCGUUCGAGUUCAAGCCUGAACGCUGGGACAACCUCCCAGAAGCCGUCUCGAGCAUCCCAGGCAUCUGGGCGAACAACCUCACCUUCAUGGGCGGCCAACACGCAUGUCUCGGCUACCGCUUUUCGCUCAAUGAGACGAAAGUGGCGGUGUUCACGCUCCUGCGCGCUUUCGAGUUGGAGCUCGGGCUACCGGCGGAGGACGUCGGGCGGACACCAACGAUGCUCAUGCGUCCGAUGCGCUUGAGUGAUCCCGAGGCGGGGCCACAACUGCCUAUGCUCAUACGGCCGUAUAGGCGCGACUAGUCGCCCUUCUUCCGAGUGUGCCUCGGAUCCGUCCUGCGCCUAGCCACUCGGCGGCCGGUGCCAGGGCGGAGGGCGCACCCAGGCAGUAGACUCCGGACGGACCGUAUCAUACUACUAGACCAGGACCACGGUGGGAUUGCGCGCGUCGUUUGCGGACUAGGGCGUGCGGAGCGGAGUACGUUAGUAUUUGUAACCUAAUCAGCCCAGUACUCUUAGCCAUGUUUGUAGUUGUCUGCGUAUCCACAUUGUCACGAGCACCGCUAGCGCAGUGCACAGUUUAUCA